AACUGGAGCCUUCAGCUAUAGUGUAGCAAGUGACAGGCUAGCCGUCAAGUAGAUGGCCUCGUAUUAAAUAUACAUAUUUAAUAGCUAUCUGGAUUAUUGUUAUUGAAUGUCGCCGUUGUGGAGGGUGAAGUCUCGCAGGCUGUGUUGAGUCAAAGCUUACUUGAGCAGUCAAUCAUACUGUUGAGUUGGCUGCAGGAGAAGAUGUGCAAUGCAAAGACAGAGGCAACGUCAUAUAGCCGUCGGACCCAAGCUUGUUUUGUUUUGCUGGCACUGGUGAUGAGAACCUCAGGGCAAGAUUCAGGUUGUGUCAGACCUGUCAUGGUGGAGCAUGGCUCGGCUAAUGUGCCAAAAACCAACAUGGGUUAUUUUCCCGUGGGGACAGUCCUGGAGUACCAUUGUGACUCUGGUUACCUGAUAGAUGGUCCAAGCGUCCUCACUUGCACCGCACUGGGUCACUGGUCAUCGGAACCACCACAGUGCAUCCACAGUGAUGUAUGCCAGCCUCUACACUUGCCAAAAAAUGGGGGGUACACCUGCCACCCCUCUCCAUGUCAUAAACUUUCUCACGGUAUUGUGAUUGAAUUCUACUGCGAUGAAGGCUACAUCCUGAAGGGAGACUAUAAAUAUCUUACCUGUCAAUAUGGGAAGUGGGACAGCCCGGUUCAGAUUAGCUGCGUCAAAGAGCAAGGAUGCGUGAAGCCAUACAUGGUUGAAAACAGCUGGGUCAACCGCACGGGAACCAACAGGGGCUUGUUCCCUGUGGGUACUGUUCUGCAAUACAGCUGUGACCCCGGUUACCUGCCAGACGGCCCCGACAUUCUCACCUGCAACUCCGCGGGACGCUGGUCCUCCAAUCCUCCAAACUGCACUCGGAGUGGCGGAUGUUUGAGACCCUUCAUGGAGCAGCACCUUUCUUCUAAUCUGACCGACACCAACAUGGCCACCUUCCCCGUGGGCGCUGUGCUGAGGUACCGCUGUGACCCGGGUUACCGGCCGGAUGGACCCACUAUCGUCAGCUGCUCUGCUUUGGGACAUUGGUCCUCGGAACCUCCUCGCUGUAUACGUACCAACGUAUGCCGGCCUCCAUAUCAGCCGGAGAACGGAGGCUACACCUGCCACCCCACCCCGUGCAGAAGACUCUCCCACGGCAUUGUGAUCGAGUAUUACUGCGACGAAGGCUAUAUUAUGAGGGGAGAUUAUAAAUACCUCACCUGUCAAUACGGCACGUGGGACAGCCUCGUGCAGAUCCGCUGCGUGAUGAAGCAAGACCACGACACAUCCUUACCGUUGGGAAUGCCGACUUGGUCAAUUGUGUCAACCACAGCUGGUUCAGUGGCCCUCAUCCUGCUCCUGAUGGUGCUCUUUGUGCUUCUGCAGCCAAAAUUGAAGUCCUUUCAUCGACGGGAGGCGGGUGUGUCAGGCCAUCCCGUGUCCAUCAUGGUGGAGGGAAUCCAGGUGACUCUGCCCUCGUACGAGGAGGCAGUCAGCAAUCACGCUGCUUCGUCCUCGACCCCCAACGACGAGUCUCGCGUGCAAAUCGUGUUGUCCGAGGGGCAGCUGCAGGACACGGCACCCGAGGCCGGCCCCUCUUCCCUCGAUCAGUCGCAAAUGGCCAUGGUGCACCCUACAUCGUCCUCCUCAUCCUCCAGCUGGACUCUGGAGCACGCUGGCGCCGCGGCGCCGCCGCCCGACGACCAGUGCGGCCUCCCUCUACUCGAUUCGGAGGUGGAUUGUUCGGAUGAUAUGCCUUUGCUGAAGGAGGCCUGAACACACAAAUGAUGUCAACACGCUUCAAAGUGGUGCUGAGCUGAUCCGUGAGUCACGCUGACCGUCCCAAAGCAGAACUUCUGUACAUGUCCAUACUACUUAAUGUCCUUCUGAUGCUUUUACCUUUCUUUUGUCUCCACUGCUGCUUGAAGCACGCGGCACCGCAACACAGAAUUUAUUAUGAAUCAUAAUAAUGUAUGCAUCGUGAGUCACCUUCUAUUUGUUGACAUACAUCACAUGACCUCACUUUUACCGUCUUUAACUUUGUUCCCAAUGGCCUUAUCUUCCUCACUUCUAUGCACAUAUCCCAUCAUGUACAAUAAGAACUUUCCAAAAUGAGCUUUGUGACACUGCAUUUGUGAAAUUGUCACACCCUUAAUUUAUUACUGCUUAAAGAUUUUACAUUAUAGUGCUGUUGAUCAGCCAUAGCUUUUUAGACACAUCUUGGAACUAUUUAAAUAAUAUCGGUAGUUUAAAACUACUAGUUUUCACUUUCACUGUCUAAGUUGUACUGUAAAAAGUUUGAAAAAAAAUGACUAGUAAAUAUGGUGCAAUAUCAA